GUAAGCGGUCGAGAGGGAGAGACAGCGACGGGAUGCGGUGGAGAUUGGAAGAGCCAGCUAGAUUGGUCGAUAAAAAAAAAUGAGCGUGGCAUCUAUACUCAAUCGUGCGUUGGGCAAUGCUGCCCCGAAGCUCCCAUUCGAAGAACCCACCUCCGUGCGAUUGAGGCCUAUGGCAAGUUCGGCUGCUUGAGCCAUGUCAUCCAGUUGUUCGAGGAAAGGCCUGAAAGAGAUGGUGGCUCUUGGAAUGCAGUCAUUAACGCCUGCCGGCAGUGCCAAGAGUCCCGGCCAAGCCUUGAAUUUCUUCAAGCAUAUGAGAAUUCUCGGUUGUGCACCGAAUGAGAUCACGUUCGCCGGUGUUCUAGGGUCGUGUGGCGAUUGCUUGGCCCUUGUUUUUGUCAAACAAACCCAUGGACUUGUGGUGAGAUAUGGGUUUUCUGGGAACGUGAUUUUGGAGACUUCGCUUGUCGAUGAUUAUGGCAAGUGUAAGGCUAUGCGAGCAGCAAGGAGGAUUUUUGAUGAGAUUGAGUUUCCUAAUGAUGUGACCUGUAAUGUCCUUGUUAGGCGGUAUCUUGGAGCACUUCUACUAUGCUAUAUAAUAUUGGUGCUUUAAUGUACAACUUAAAGUUGUACCAUAACAUUAAAUGUAUAAGUUUAGG